GUUUUGUAACCCAAGUAGCAAACAAACUUCCACAGGUCUCACUCUAUCGACUACUAUCUUGCACUGUGUUGAAGGCCGCUGAAGGGCAGCUACGGGUACAGUUUCACUUCCUCUUUGCGAGCCUGCUGUUCGUAGAGCCUUACCCUCAGGCCAUCCUUGACUACCCUUAAAUUUGGACCUGUCAAAAUUACACUCGCGUUCGUGGCUCGCCCGCCCACCGUGCUGCUCGAUUUCCCGCGUUUACGGAGCGGCAGCGCACGCCGGUCGGCAGCAGCUCGAUAGUAUCAACACAGCCAAUGCUUUCCAUGUGCGCAACGUAGCGGACGUCUCGUCGCUGGGGUCUCGAAAUGCGCAGCGUCAGUUUACAGACCGCAACGUUGGGCGUUGGUAGGAGCCCGCAGUGCUACUCGCGAGGCUCGCAUAGUUCUCGGAUGCGGCGGAAAUACAGCGGCUGGACUGGGCGAGGCCGGUUCGUAUGUUUAGCGGUGGCGGGCUUGGCGCUCCUGUUGCGCUGGGCCAGCGCAGAUGCGCCGCCGCAUGAAGGCCCUCGUGAAGGCAUCCAUCUCUCAAACACAUGGCUACAGAGGGCGCUGAUUCUUGCGGCGGGCGGGUCCCUCGAGGAUAUGCAGUCUUCCACCGCGGCGCUGACUCGUGCCGCGGCGGUCGAUGCCACUGCAUCAGCUACACCAGCUGUGGGCCGGAGAAAGCGGCCUCCACCACCCCAGCCUGACUCGCCGCCUCCCCCACUGCUGCCGCCGCCUUCGCCGGCUCCACCAACUCCCAUCGCCUCACCCAAAAAAGCGGCUCCGGGGACGGCCGGGACGCCAAAGAAGAAGCGCCCGCCGCCCGCCUUCCCGCUGUCCCCAUCCCCAGACCCGCCCUCGCCGCCGCCCACGCCGCCGCCUCUCAAAGGCGGCCGUAAGAAGUCCCCACCUCCCGCCACACCACCCAGCCCACCCAGCACGCCCUCGCCACCCAAGAAGCAGAGGCGUAUCCGGCCGCCGCCACCGGACAUGCCGACGGCGCCUUCCCCGCCGCCUCCUCCUCCUCCCAGCCCUCCGCCGCCGCCUCUUCAGAUGGAGGCCGACGUGGACUGGUCUCGCUACCCCACCUUCGCGCAGCUGUCCGAGUACCUGGCGCUGAGGGUGGCGGGCAGUCUGGGGCGCUGCUCGCUGGCCAGUGCUGGGAAGAGCGUGCAAGGGCGCGACCUGUGGGCUGUGACCAUUGGCGACCCCGCCGGCGUGUACUACCCUGACCCCACCAACCCAGACGUCCCCUUCCCCAAGGCGCGAGCGGCGUACAUUGGCGUGAUGCAUGGCGACGAGAAGGGCCACAUCAGUGCGGUGCUGCGCCUGGUGGGCGAGCUGUGCGACCCGCUCAGUGAGCCCAAGUUCGCGCCGGGAGGCGUGCUGGACAGCAACGUCACGGACCUGUUGGGCAGUACGGUGUUGUACGUGCUGCCGCUGAUGAACCCGGACGGCUACACCGCCACCCAGCGUUACAACGCCAACGGGGUGGACCUCAACCGCAACUUCUACACCAGCGCCUUCCCCUUUGCCAUGCCCACCGCCGCCGACGGCUACGCGCUGCAGCCCGGCACCAGCAACGCCCUGUACAACGCCGCGGCGGACUGGACAGACAACGGCGGCGGCGGCGCACACGAGCCGGAGACGCAGGCGGUCAUGUCCUGGCUGGCCUCGGUGCGGCCGCACGUGAGCGCGGACCUGCACGGCGGAGCCCUGGUGGGCUCCUACGCCCUGGACGCAUGCGACUCGCGGGGCGCGCUGCUGGACUGCCCCAGCCCCGAGGCGCCGCUGCCCGGCUACCUGGCCAAUGUGUACUCCAUGAACCACCCCAGCAUGCGCUUCAGCUGGGGCGAGGUGCAGGCGAGCAGGCAGGUGCAGUUCUUCAACGGCACCACACAAGGAGCCACCUGGUACCCGGCCAUCGGCACCAUCGCGGACUGGCUGCACCACACCUACCGCCGCCACAUGCUCACACUGGAGCUGCACUACUACAAGUACGCGAUGUUCUUGAACGACAAGCUCAACAUGUACGCCACCAACCGCCCUUCCAUGCUGCGUCUGGCGGGCGUGGGCGCGCACAUGGGGCUGCGGGCGCUGCUGCGGGACGCAGCCAGUGGCGCGGCCCUGGCGGCCACCGUGACGCCGCAGCAGCCGGCCGGAGCCUGGGCGCCUGAGGUUGAGAGCGGCGGCCUGGUGUGGAAGAUGGCGAUGCCGGGUGUGACGUACAGCGGUACGAUCUACCCGUACGACCCGGCGGACAGCUCCAUCGCGUACGAGCCCAUCCCGUACAGCUUCGUGGUGCCGUACACGUGGGACGACGUACUCUCCAAGGUGCCGCGCGCCAACCUGUCCAUUGCGCGCGUGUUCCGGGCUGUGCGGGUCGGAGGCAGCCAGGCCUCCACCGCCACGGCGCCCCCGCCGCAGCAGCCCCCGCCUCCGAAUGCGCCACAGCCGCCGCUGCAGCAGCAGCAACAGCGGCGACGCCGGCGGUAGAACCUGCCACACUCGUCCGGUAGCGUGCUUGGGGCAGGAGGGUUCUGUUGAUUGAAAGGCAUGAGGUUUUAGCAGGAUUGUGGAUGGCGGGUUGGGCGGUGGUGUGCGCAAGGCCGUGUGUUGGUGUCUACCAGCCUACUUGCGCAUACAUGCAUGCGGCGCCGCAGCGGCGCUCAUCUAGGAGGUUGUCACAAAUAGUAUUAGUGCAUGAUGGUGGUGACCGCGAGUGAGCCGAGUGUGGCCCCGCGAUCGUGCAGGCCAAAGUCAUCAUAGCUGGCUAGCUCAAGCGGGACCUUGGGACAAGUGCACACGUGAAUAGGUGUCAUCACGCUUGACUUCCUAGCUGGGAGGGUAAGGAGCAAGCAAGGACUGAAAGUGCAGGGGUAUAUUAUGUGGUAAAACACACUGAGUUUGGCUAUGAAUGAGAGAUGCGUUGCGUUGGGGUUCUGUCGGCUUGGUCAGAGUCACGAUCCUUAUUGGGACAGGUACUGCCCCCCUAAACCCCCAUGUAUGUUCCUGCUGUUACGUCGGCACUUCAUAUUUGUGGUUUAAUCACUCCGUCCUUCACAUGAACGGCUACCACCCCCACCUGGACGUGGAGCGUAGGGCGAGCAUCGGCACACAUAGCUAAUCACCACAACCUCACGUUGCCCGACGCAUAGUUAGCUUGCUUGGCGGGGGCAAUGGUAGGUGUACUUGGAUGGAUACGUCAAUGCGAUUUAUGGGUUUGUUGGAACGGCUGUUUGGCUGUUUGUCUCACACGAACUCCAGCGGUUGACGGACCUGUUGCAGUUGGGCACAGCGCAGGCAUCGUUCAACACAAGUUGUGGACGCUUUGCAUCUUGGAGUAAGGAUGUCGCGGCGAAGCUGAAUGCGUUUGAAGGGGCGGGUGGACUUAUGCGCGCCAACCGCAAGAUGCAAAUGAGGCGCAGGCUGACCGGACGCACGACGGCUCUGCAUCAAUUACUGCGUAUCGUGUAACUUCAUGACAAC